AUGUGCAAGCGCGGUUGAAAGUCAGGCGAGAAAUUAAAUUUCGCUCUUUUUAAAGUAAAAUCUGUCGCUUUAUGACAACUUAAGUUUAAUUUGAAGUUUGAGUUAUUAAUUAUUGUAUUAUUAAAACGAAUGUUUUAUUACAUUUCAUUUUAGGUUGUUCGGAUGAAAAGUGAUGAUAUUUCUUUUUUCUAGUGCGAUAUUAGAAAGUGCAUGGUAGAUUCUUUUUAUUCGUUCUAAUAAGUUUUUAUAUCGUUCACAAAAUGGUUCGGUCGUGCUUGUAAUGCAUUUAACUGUUGGUUAUAGAAGUUAUAUGGCUCUUAUCUGCAAAUAUGAAAGGUGUAGACUUCGAUUAUUCGGGUCCAGAAUCAAUAUAUAUAGUGAAGGCAAUCGGCAUAUCUGGUUAUCUCAUCGAUAAGCUAUUUUAAAAAGUAUUCACGACAUGCAAGCAAAGCUACGGAUUCCACUGUAAUUGCACCUCAACACGGGUAGACCGACAGUUGAACUUAUUUGAGAUAGAACUUCCCCGCGCCUGCAGCAUCCUCGACUCCACUCCAAAAGACUUCCAGGAUGUAGGUCAGUCUCCGGCAGCUAAGUAACCUGAUAGCGUCUGGCCAUGACUGGUGUGUAAAGUUGGCGAGAAGGUUAAGAGGUGUACGCAUUCUGAGUGCUGACACACGAGCUUCUGACGAUGUGAUGGAAGGUGAGACGUUGAUGCUGUCGGCGGAUGAGCAGUGCCAGCAAACAGACACCAGCUACUGCUGCGCGAUCUUUCACGUGUAAAGAUCACAUGCCGCACAGCCGAUGCCGGCGACUUCAUCACCAUGGUGCCCUUCCGUCGUCUGCUGCACUGCGGCUUCCUGACGUGCGUCACGCUGGUGGCCUGCCUGUGCGUGCUGCAUCUUCUGUACUUUUUCUCGCACCAGCAGCGACUGGUCCCAGCACCGAGAGGCCCACCCUCGCGAGGUUUUCUGGUGGAUACUUCCGCGUGCAAGAUCCCCGACCUCGAUCCUUUCGAUCCUUCCAUCGCCGAGAGCGUCAGGCGUGGCGGAGCGCUGCACUGCGUGGGUCGGCGAUCCGUUACCUACGUGGAUAUGGGCGUGCUGCGGAUCAACCACACCAGGAUCGAGAACGACCUCAGGGGUGACUUUCGGUACUGUCGCUACCAGCCCAUCUCGCGGCAAGGCCUACAGUCCGACUUUGCUUUCGCCUACGGGGACCUGGGCCCUCCUUUUAGCAGCGACAUCGAGGUCAAGGACGAGUUCAUGCGCAUUUACUGCUACAGCCUGUCUGACGGAGUCAUCGCCACCAACUUCCACGCCUUCGUCCUGCCGAAGGAAGAAGUGGAGCGCCGUUGUCGUCUGAAGCACCGCAAACACCUGCAGCGUCACCGCCCACGUGAGGUGCUGAACGUCCUCAUGGUGGGCGUGGACUCGGUGUCGCGGCUGAAUUUCAUGCGCCAGAUGCCUAGGACUCGCGACUUCCUGCUGCACGAGCUGGACGCCGUCGAGAUGCUGGGCUACAACAAGGUGGCGGACAAUACCUUUGUCAACAUCGUUCCCAUGACGACGGGCAAGUUUGUGAAAGAGCUGCCUUGGAACGAGACGAUGGUGGCGAAGCCAUUUGACGACUACCCGUUCAUCUGGAAGAACUUUUCCGAGGCAGGCUACCGGACGCUGUACGCAGAAGACGCUCCAAAAAUCGCCAUCUUUGUGUACGAGAAAGCAGGUUUCCACCGGCCACCUGCUGAUUACUACAACCGCGCCAUGGCACUGGCCAUGGAGAAGCACCUGGGUGUAUGGAGCCACAAGCACCACUGCAUCGUCGACAUGCUUGAGACGGAGAUGCUUCUCAACUAUGUGACGGACUUUUCUCGCCUCUUUCGUCAUCAGCCUUACUUCGCCUUCUCUUUCAUCACGCGCUUGACGCAUGAUAGCGUCAAUGAUGCUGGCGCGGCCGACGACCCUCACCUGACCUUCCUUCAGAGGUUAAAGGCCGAAGGUCACCUCAAUAAUACUGUGCUCGUGUAUUACAGCGACCAUGGCAACAGGUUUGGUGACAUACGUAGCACGUUUGUGGGUAAGGCCGAGGAACGAUUGCCUUUCUUGUUCCUAGUUUUCCCGCCCUGGUUCAAAGAUAAAUAUCCGGAAUUGCAUCGGAACCUCCGAAUAAAUUCCAACCGACUCACCACCCCUUUUGACGUGUACGAAACGUUAAAGGAAAUUCUUACCUUUGACGGGGUGGUCAGAACAGCCUCUGUUUCGGAUCAAGGCAUCAGCCUCUUCCGUGUCAUACCGGAAACACGUAGCUGUGCUCAGGCGCAAAUCCUUCCUCACUGGUGUAUGUGCAUGAAGAGAAAAAAGCUGCCAGAGUCCGCUCCUUUUGUGUGGAACACUGCCCUGGCGCUGGUUGCCAAAAUCAACGAGUUUUUAAAAAGUUACCUGUCGGUAUGCGCCAAGCUCAGACUCAAGACCGUUGUGAACGCGGAACAACUGGUUGUCAACGAUAACGUGCUGAGGUUUGAAGAAAGCGUGCAUGAUGUCAUCAACAGAACUGUGCGGUACGGGAACAGAACCGAAGGCAUGCUGGUCUACCAGCUGACUGUGGUGACAGAGCCAGGGGAGGCAAUGUUCGAAGGUACUCUCAAGCGCAUGAAAGGGGAGAGCAGAAAAGGAUUUAGUCUAGCUGGUGACGUGAGCCGAAUUAACGCUUAUGGCAGUCAGUCCAGCUGCAUAGACAGUUUCACUCUCAAGAAGUUUUGUUAUUGUGUUUAAUAGUAGUUAGUUUAUUCCUUGCUGCUCCUUUGAGGAACUUAGGGUCGCAACAACACCUCGCCAGCGGACCCUGUUUUGGACAGCCCCCUUCAGUUGGACCCCUGUGGUUCCGAUGUCCUUUGCCUGACUCUCUACUGUUCUACAGUAUUUAAUGACGGUCAAUAAUUAUGUGAUAAGAGUGGUCCUUGUUUAUUUAAAUAUAUAUGGAGAAAGUGGUCAGUGUGUUUAGUUUUUUGUUUUCAAUGUGCACGCCAGGGACUACUUUUGCAUUUAACGAUUUAUUUGUGUCAUUCGCUUCAAGAAAAAUUGAAAUUUUGUUUCUGUAUACAUUGGUGAUUGUGUGGCGUGCAUGGCUGGCAAAGUCGGUGCAUCUAAUUUGCCCAGGGAACAUUCAUUCAUUCAUUUGUUCGUUCCUAUUAUGCCGUGGCGUGUAAGGGUUCAGAAAAAGGUCUCUCAUUCUUGUCUGGUUUUGGGCAUUUUCCUUUAAAUUACCACACGUCUUACUCAGUGCCUUUCCCCAUGCUCAACUGUUCGGCGCCAGGUUGUCUUUGGUCUUCCCAACUACUCAUCAAGUGUCAAGAAAGUGUCCGAGACAGAUCCAUCUUCACCUUCACCAUGUGUCUGUGGUUGAGCGUGUAAGUUCUUCACUAAUCUUUUGGGGCUAGUAUAUUCUCGGAAUUCUUCUCAGGAUGGUGAAAUGGAAAGAUGAUGAUUUUGUAUUAACUAUCUAACGAUGUCAAAACGCUACUCUGAUAUAAUUUGAGUUUGUGUGUGUUUGCGUUACUGUGCUGAUGUUCAUAGUUUGUUUCUUCUCUCAAACCGUUCGUUGAUUUAUUAAAUCUGUUUUGAUGAUCAUUUCCAGCCUGUCCGUCACUUCUAAUAACGCUGCUAUUCUCCCUGUGUCCAACACUAAAAUAAAGUUGAUGCAGAAACUUUCAACGAUUUCUACCUUGUGUUAAGGAAGACCAUGUACAUUCAAUAAGCACCAAAAAUGUUUCUAUAAAUGAUGCCAGAAAAACUUCUCAAAGUUGAUACAAAGCCACCCUGUUCUUUUUUUAACAUCUGGUCUUGAAAGUUUUAGAAUUUCGUUGCAGGUUGACUUUGGUCAUUAUUUUACUGGCAGUGAGCAAGAGUUUUAUGCCUCUUCGGUUGUAACAGUCACCGAGGGUAUCAGUCACCCUCCUUGAGUAUUUUCAUGUUUAUUCCUUUAUUUAUUUCAGCUUUCUGGUGUUUGCUUCUCUCUAUAUGAACGUAAAGGGUGGGCAGAUAAUUCCUGUUCUGAUUGAUGGAAUUUUACCUAAGGUUAUCUUCCUGCUGCUUUCCCGUUUUUAAUAAAUGAAUCACUGCCAUUGUUCAUAUUUUUGUAUUUUGUAGAUGUAUGAAUUUUUUUCUUUAUCAUAAAUUUCUGCUGUUUGUUUUGAGAGUGUUUUUUUUUUUUUUUGUUUUGUUUUGGGAUAUCUAUAUUUUUCUUUAUCGGGGAUCGGGGAUUAUGGCUACGAAUGGUUUAAAUUCCUGCCUGGCAAUGGUGUCAGCUGGUUUGAGCAGGGUGUGUCUUAUCCAGCCUCAUUUGCUCUUUGUGAUAUUUUGGUUAGUAGCUAGUUGGUUCUUUUCCACAGGCUGCUGUUGGAGAUCUUUUCAGGCCAUCUUAUUCAAGAAUAUGGCGUUGGAAUCGGUUGUUAAAGGUCUGGAGCUUGUUGUUGACGGUGUUUGUCACUCUCCAGGUUCCAGAACCAUACAGAUUGGAACCCUCGGGGAAAGAGGAGAGUUGGGAGACCAAAGCAGACUUGAAAAAGAACGGUAGAGAGAGAGACGAAGGACGUCGGAACCACGUGGGCUCAACUGAGGGGUGCUGCCCAAAACUGGUCCACUGGCGAGUUGUUGUCGCGGCCCUAUGCUCAUUGAGUAACAUGGAGUGAACUAAACUAAAACUAUUUUAGGAGUGGUCUGUUGAGGAUUCAAAAGAGAAAUUAAAGAAAAAAAAUACAAUUCCGUCAGCAUUGCAAUUCAUUAGUUUUAUUAGAAAAAGUACAAAACAAGUAGAUGGAUCAGAAUUUUACACAUGCACAAAAGAAAUGAAUUAAUGAGUAGUUGUUUACUUAUGCUAUCCAACAAUGUCUGAGACAAAAUUCUUCGAAUGGUGCUCACAUCUAUCCGCAAUAACAUGUCGUUUAAUGAAAUUACAUGUUUUUUCUGUAAACGUUUAGUUACAGAACCUCAGGAGAAAAUGAGAUUAAAGGUGUUUGUUUACAA